GACUUUUCACUUUUAAGCGUCUCCUCUAAAUCUCAUAAGGGGCAUCGAAAGAGGAAAUUUUGAAUUUUUUUUUCCUUUGCCGUUUUUAUUACCUUCUUAGAUGUCAUUAUUCUUCACUUGCUGGGUUUCGUUGUGACGUUGCACACACAUUUCUUCGUUCCUAUUUGAAUUGCCUCCAAAGUCACACUAUUAUCAAUGAAACAUUAUUCCCAAGCUGAUUCGAUGGACGUCGACUGUGGUAUUAUAGAUUUUAAUGUGGUGUCUUUUCAGAAACAUGAGCACCGUCGAAUGUGAAGAACAGAAAGCCAAGCUGUAACUAUUCCUGGCUUGAGAACUUUGACCAAGACCUUCAAGUUAUACAACCCAAUAGCCUCACGGCGACCUCGUGGCCUUCCGACUUGAAUUAGUGACCAGUCAUUACUGCAUCUGUCAGCAACCCAGCAUUCGCACCCUUUUGCUCAGGCGAGGGUCUGUCUCCAAUGGGAGAUCCAGCUGAUGAAACCCAUAAAACAAAAGAGAGAGAUGCUAGAAGUUUGUCAUCUUCACAGGGUCAAGCACCACACCGUCACAAAGUAGGAAUUCCUCCGAGACAGAACCUGUUCAAGGAAUUCCAAUCCCUUGUCAAAGAAACAUUCUUUGCUGAUGAUCCUCUACGCUCUUUCAAAGACCAGACUAAAUUCCGGAAAUUCAUCCUUGGCCUUGAGGCCGUAUUCCCCAUACUUAACUGGGGGAGAAAUUAUAAUGCUGUCAAAUUCAGAGGGGAUAUCAUAGCUGGUCUAACUAUUGCAAGUCUCUGCAUUCCUCAGGAUAUUGGAUACGCAAAGCUUGCAAAUUUGGCUCCACAGUAUGGGCUGUAUUCCAGCUUUGUUCCCCCACUGAUAUAUGCUAUCAUGGGUAGUUCUCGUGAUAUCGCCAUAGGACCGGUGGCAGUGGUUUCUCUCUUGCUAGGAACCUUACUUCAGAGUGAGAUUGAUCCUAUCGCACAUCCAUCUGAAUAUCGAAGACUUGCUUUCACGGCUACUUUUUUUGCUGGCAUUACCCAAGCAACUCUUGGGGUCUUGAGGUUAGGAUUUUUGAUCGACUUCCUUUCCCAUGCUGCUGUUGUCGGUUUUAUGGCUGGAGCUGCUAUCACCAUUGCCCUUCAACAGCUUAAGGGCUUCCUUGGCAUUAAAAAGUUCACAAAGAAAACUGAUGUUGUGUCUGUGUUGCAUUCAGUAUUCUCAACAGCCCAUCAUGGUUGGAACUGGCAGACUAUAGUUCUAGGAGCAAGCUUUUUGGUUUUUCUGCUGAUUGCAAGAUAUACUGGCAAAAAGAACAAGAAAUUCUUCUGGGUGCCGGCUAUCGCCCCAUUGAUAUCUGUUGUUCUCUCCACUUUAAUUGUGUUCAUAACCCGUGCAGACAAGCAAGGCGUUGAAAUUGUAAAACACAUAAAUAAGGGGAUCAAUCCUUCAUCUGUUAAAGAGAUAUAUUUUAGUGGUGAUUUCCUUGGGAAAGGUUUCAAGAUUGGCAUUGUGGCUGGCAUGAUAGCAUUGACGGAAGCCACAGCAAUAGGAAGAACAUUCGCUUCUAUGAAGGAUUAUCAUUUGGAUGGAAAUAAGGAAAUGACAGCAUUAGGAGCCAUGAAUAUUAUUGGUUCAAUGACUUCCUGCUAUGUAGCAACAGGUUCUUUUUCUCGGUCAGCAGUAAAUUACAUGGCUGGCUGCCAAACUGCAGUCUCUAAUAUUAUUAUGUCCAUUGUUGUGUUCUUAACCCUACAAUUCAUUACACCUCUCUUCAAGUAUACACCAAAUGCCAUUCUUUCUUCCAUCAUCAUAUCUGCUGUGAUCGGCCUUGUGGACUAUCAGGCAGCAAUUUUAAUUUGGAAGGUUGAUAAAUUUGACUUUAUUGCUUGCAUGGGAGCCUUCUUUGGAGUUGUUUUUGUCUCAGUUGAGAUAGGACUUUUAAUUGCUGUCACUAUAUCCUUUGCUAAAAUCCUAUUACAAGUUACCAGACCACGAACAGCUAUUCUGGGGAACAUCCCUGGGACAACUGUCUAUAGGAAUACCCAACAAUACCCAGAGGCCACAAAGGUUCCUGGCGUGCUGGUUGUAAGAAUUGAUUCGGCCAUAUACUUUUCCAACUCCAAUUAUGUUAGAGAAAGGUAAACAUUUAUUGCUCGUUUCCUUAUGCUUCUAAUGGACCUGAAAUGAGAUUAGACAAGUGAUUUCCAUGCCGAUCCUUUGUAGAGAUUGUGCUGUUCAUAAUGUCAGGGAUUGCGGGUCAUCGUUCAUAUCAUAAGAUGAAGUUUGAGUACAAAAUAUUCAAUUCUGUCAAACAACGCAAGGGAACUCCCUAGAAAUCACAAUAUACCAGCCACUGAAUCUUCCAUGCUAGUGUUAAAAGGGUGGGGAUGGGUUUAGGAUUGAUUUGAAGUUCUGAACAUGAGAACAAACGGAUACGGUCAAACUAAAUCAAGAUGGGUUCUAAUCAUUGCGAGAAAGGAAAGAAGGAUGAAACAGUUGGAUGAGCAAUAUAAUGUGACCAAGCCGCUUUGCUGUUCAGAACACUGUGUAUGCUGGAA